AGAAUCUGGAGAGAUUGAUGAGAACUCUGUUUUGUAGUACCCCAGAAUGAAGAUUUGGCUGGAGGAGAGUGCAGGGGAAGGAGGACAUGCAUUGGAAGAGUUCCUUGACCCGGGAGAAGUUAGCCGGUGUUGCCGUGACAUCGCUUGAACUUUCCGUCCUCUUCCUUGGUUGCCGACCUCAGAAGUGAUGCUUCUCCUUCCCAGAGGGGUUUGUGCCUGAGACUGGUGGAAGGGAUGGCUAGUGUUGCCCCAUAAAGUCUCCUGGCAUUGCUUAUGCUGAAAGAUACAGCCCUGCUUCAGAUUCCCGGACUGGCUGUCUUCACUCAAGGCAAAGAGGAUGUCGGCCUCGCUGAACAGCCAUGCUGUGGUCUCCCAUGUCCUCGUGGCCCUCUUUGGGAUGGGCUCCUGGGUCUCCGUGAACUCCCUGUGGGUGGAGCUCCCCGUCAUGGUGAAACUGCUGCCAGAAGGCUGGAACCUGCCUGCCUACCUGACCGUCCUGAUUGCCCUGGGCAACGUGGGCCCCGUGAGCGUGACUCUGGCUCACCACUUCGCCCCCGGGCAGCUGAAGGAGCGCUGGCUGAUCCACGGCAUCCAGCUCUUGGCCGUGGUGGCGGCCUUCUUCCUGGCCUUCUUCUGGAACCGCAUCGUGGUGGUGGCCGGUGAGCCGCACAGCCUGGCCUUCCUGGUGCUGGCCUUCCUGCUGGCCCUGGUGUGCUGCACCUCCAACGUCUCCUUCCUGCCCUUCAUGUACCAGUUUCCCCAGCUGUACAUCCGCACCUUCUUCAUUGGGCAGGGCCUCAGCGCCCUCCUGCCUUGCGUGCUCGCCCUGGGCCAGGGCGUGAGGCAGCUGGAGUGCCGGAACGGCACCAACGGCACCCAGCCGCACUUUCUGGAGGAGAACUUCUCGGCCACCACUUACUUCUGGAUGCUCCUGGCCCUGCUGGUCGUCUCGGCGCUGGCCUUCGUGGCUCUGGUGCUCUGGCACGGCCGCAGCGGCACCGUGGAGAAGAGCUCUUCCCAGGACAGCGUGAAGACGGAGGAGUCUUUCCCGCUGCAGUCGGAGAGCGUGCCCUCCUCCAAGCAUGCCACAGAGGGUGCCGCGGCCGGAGAGCCCACCAAGCAGCCGGCUUCCGACUUCUGGACGGGGAGAAACAUUUACUUGCUGGUGCUCCUGGGGGUCUCCAACGCCCUCACCAACGGAGUCCUGCCUUCCGUGCAGAGCUACUCCUGCCUGCCUUAUGGGGGCAUGGCCUAUCACCUGUCUGUGGUGCUCAGCAACAUCGCCAACCCCGUGGCCUGCUUCACCGCUAUGUUCCUGCUGUGCAGGUCGUCCCUGGGCCUGGGCAUCAUCUCUGCCGUGGGCUGUGUGUUUGGAGCCUAUCUGAUGGUGCUGGCGGCCUUCAGCCCCUGCCCUCCCCUGGUGGGCAGCCCUGCCGGAGUUGCUCUGGUGGUGAUCUCCUGGAUCCUCUUCAUGGGCCUCUUCUCCUACCUGAAGGUGGUGAUUGGCAGUUUGCUGCACGAGGCUGGCCACGCCGCCCUGGUCUGGUGUGGCGCCAUCAUCCAGGCAGGCUCUCUGCUGGGGGCGCUCGUCAUGUUCCCCCUCACCAGCAUCUACCAGCUCUUCUCGAGUGCGAAGGACUGUGUGGACAACUGCAGGUCGUGACAGCAGGAGCAGGAGGCAA